UUGUAGGCUUUGCGUAACGUGUAAUUUAUCGAAGCUAAUAAUGUAAGCGUAGCUUCGGGAAUUCAAUUUUCAUUUAAAAAAUACAUGUAUCUUGGUAUUUUCCAUUCUGUUCCUGCAAUUACACCAACAUUAUCACUUUAGUCUUCCAUUAAAGAAAGGGAUGAUGCAGCUUACGUCUUUGACAUCAAACACCAAUAAUGGUGCUUAUUUCUUCCCAAAGUGUGCAGUGAAGCAACAACACAUCAACCCAAUUCCUCAGAAGCAAGAACAAUGUAAGCUUUUAAGGAGCUUGGCUCCACCUCUAAUGGCUGCAGCUCUGGCCUUAUCUCCAAUCUGCGUUACUCCUGUCUCACAUGCCCAAACCAUUGAUGUUCAGAGAGGAGCUGCGUUGUUUCGUACUACUUGCAUUGGAUGUCAUGAUGCAGGUGGAAACAUAAUACAACCAGGUGCAACACUCUUUACUAAAGAUCUACAAAGAAAUGGAGUUGACACAGAGGAGGAGAUAUAUCGUGUUACUUACUUUGGCAAGGGAAGAAUGCCAGGUUUUGGUCAGAACUGCACACCGAGGGGCCAAUGCACAUUUGGAGCUCGAUUGCAGGACGAGGACAUUAAGCUUUUAGCUGAGUUUGUCAAGUUACAGGCUGAUCAAGACUGGAGAAAUAAUCUAAGUAAUGAAUGAGGAGUUUUUAACCAUAUGAGAUUGCUGACUCAAAUUCUCGCCUCUUGGUAACACGGUUCUUUGUUUAUUGCAUAUUAUUAGUAGUGCAUUAAUAUAUUGGCAUGAUCUGUAUUUAAAUUUGUAGAAAAUCUUUACACAUAUCACUGAAAACUGAGUCUUUAACUUUCGA